AUGGAUGACGCGGGUCCCAGUGGAGCCGUAACGGCGGUAGGGACCCUCGCUGGCGCCGCGCGCAGUGCAGUUGUCAUGAGAUGCCAAGACACAACGGGAAACGCGGACGAGCUGAGGGCAGCCUCAACGUGCAUCAAGAUGGCUGCCAACGGAAUUGCUUCCUGCGGAACCAGCCGAAUGCACUUCGGAGGGGACUCGAGGUGUACGUACAGCGGCAAUGGUGCUCCAUCCUCCAACACCCUUCAGCUGCCACUGCUUUGUGACUCCACCUCUUUCCCUUACGAGAAGCAGCGGCGGCAGCAGAAGAGGGUCGAUGAGCACCAGACAGAAAUGAGAGGGACUGCGGAGGAGGAUUGGUCUCGCUCUAGGACCGCCACAGUGUCGGAUGUGCGCUCCUUACCACUCAUGGUAUCUCGUUCUUUGUCCUUGUCUUUGCUAGCGGCUUUGAGCCCUUCCGAAGAGGCAGGCGGAAGCAAAGGCGACAGUAAUAGUAGCAGCAGUAGCAGCAGCAGCAGCAACAGCUGGUCCCUUGCUGCGGCUGAGCGGGCUGCUGCCUUGAGCGUGCGGCGCUGCAGCAGUGGAGGAGCUGCUCCUAACCAUGUUCCUGCUGUGAGGCACAGUAACGCCCCCUUCAGAAGGGGAGGCCCUAGAGUAGAAGACACGCGAAUGGGGCUAUGCUACACCCAGGCAUCAGUAGAGUCUGGGCUGUACGCGUCUCUAAGCAAUGCCCGGCGGACAGGCAACAACAGUGGAGCAUGCAGCAGCCGCAGCAACGCAUGCAGCGACAGCAGCAGCAAGCAUGCACCCCCGUGGGCCUCAGAUAGGCAAUUCUGCUUCUCUGGCGUCACCACGCGCAGCCUGUGGAGUACCCGCAUUUGCGCAUGUAGACCGAGUCCUGUUCUAGCUGCCAAUCGCAAUUGCAGCAGCAGCAGCUGCAGCAACAUCAGCAACAACACCAGCAAAAGAAACGGUGUCAACGGUGUAGGGCGGACCUUGAACCCCGAAGCCGAAGGCCCCGCGGGGUUGAGGCCCCAGCGCGUGGCUCGAGGGAACCGCAGGCACAGCAGCAGCAGCAGCAGCAGCAGCAGCGACAGCGACAGCAACUGUAGCGGCAACAGCAAGGGCAGCGGCGACAGCAGCCGCAGCAGCCUGUGGGAUGGGGAGCUGCGGGAGCUGCGGGACUCUUUGACGAAGGGAGACAGCGACAAAGGAGACGCCACUCAACCUACAGACUUUGACGAUCCGCUGGAGAGACUGCAGACUAUGCAGCUGCAGCAUCAGCCGCGUUCUCCUCUGCUGCUGCUGCGCUGCAGCAGUUCGCAAGAGGCGGACAUGCUGCAGCAGAUCGGGGGCGACACAUGCCCCCUGCUGCCUGACGCACUUCCUAAUGCUAGUGACACCGUGUCUAUUGCUGCUGCUUCUGAUCCUUUGGCAUCUGCUGCUGCUGCGCCUGUCCCCAUCCCCGCAAGCGUUGGCAGUUACUACGGAUUUACUUUGGGGGCGGAGGUGCGGGCUCGUGUGGCGGCGUAUGAAGAGAAGACGGCCUCUCAGAGAAGGCGGCAGACGCAGCUCUGGGAGGCUUAUUUAGCGAGCAACCCUUGCUUCGAGGACCGGCGACCUUUGAAGCGGCUUGUCCGCCGCGGCAUACCCGACCACCUCAGAGGAAGGGUUUGGGCUUUCUUCCUGGGGGCGGAUGCUCUACUCGACUCCGACCCGAAGGCGUUUGAGCGGCUGCAGAUGGCACAGCUGCCUGUGGACGUCAGCGGCCAAAUUGAGCUGGACCUCCCUCGAACGUUUCCAAACAAUAAAAGGUUCCGCUGCAGCGGGGGCAUCUGCGCGCUCCGUCGCGUUUUGCGGGGUUUUGCUGCUGCGCGUCCUGGCGUUGGUUACUGCCAGGGGCUAAACUUUUUGGCUGGUACUUUGCUGCUUUUUCAAGAACAGGAAUUGGCCCUGGCCUCGCUGUUGCAGCUCGUUGUCUCUACUGACAAAAACAAAGGACUGCAAAUAGGUCGCUACUACUCCAAUGGGAUGGCAGACCUGCGGAGAGACCUGAAAGUGCUAGAGCUGCUCAUUAGGCAGAAAUCGCCCCGCGUCUUUCAAGUCCUAAAAAAGACGGGCGUGGAGGUGGAGUGGGUGGCGGCAGAGUGGUUUUUGUGUCUCUUUGCGACUUCUUGCCCGCAGCCGACAGUGCUUCGCAUUUGGGACUGUUUGAUGCUGGAGGGUCCCAAGAUUUUGUUUCGGGUUGCUCUUGGAGUUAUCUUUUAUUUCGAGUCGCAACUCGCGAAGAUGCACUCCCUCGAGCAAGUCAUGGGCUCACUAAAAGCCAAGCUGGCCCUCCUUGUCGAACACAACGAAUUGUUGCGACUUUGCUUCCACAAACUGCGGAGCUUCCCUAGACGCAAACUGCAGAAACUACAGCAGACUAUUGCAGCAGGACUGGUGGACCCCACUAGACCCUGUGGCGAGGAACAGCAGCAGGGGGAAAACGAUGAAGACCAGCAGGAGCAGCAGCAGCACCAACAGAGCCCUUUGCAAGACUCUCGCCGCCGGCGGCUGCUACCCUUUAGGCGAACCAACAAGCAGCAGCCUUCAUGCGACGUGCUGCAGCCCCAACCUGCUUCACAGAUCCACUUUACGUGGAGAGAAAAGCUGUCACGUGUCAGUCGGCUAGGAAUGAAAAGACAAGCAACUCUGCCUCUAAGCGGACGGCACGAGGGGCCUCCCUUGUGUGCUUCCUUCGACGAACACGUAACGAAAGACGCCCUCCACAGCUGCAACGGCAGCAGAACUGAGGAAACGCGUAGACAUCGCAACCUUCGCUCACUACAUAAACUCAAAAGGCCGCCUGGGUCGCCAAAAAGGGGGGCAUCCUCGGCCUUGCAGUGA